AUGUUCCAUAUUGGGUUUGGUGGAUUGGCAUUGUAUGUUGUCAAUACCAAUAGCUAUGCAGAAGCUCUUUGGAUUUCGUGGACUUUUGUAGCUGAUUUUAGAAAUCAUGCUAAUACUAUUGGACCAAGAGUUGUUUUUGUCUCGAUAAGUUCGGGUGGUAUGCUUAUAUUUGCAAUGAUUCUUGGGCUUGUUUCGAAUGCCAUAUCCGAGAAGGUGGAUUCAUUAAGGAAAUGGAAGAGUGAAGUCAUUGAAAGAAAUCACAUACUCAUUCUUGGCUGGAGUGACAAACUGAUUGGUAGAUUCUUCAAAUACCUUCAAAUUUAA